CGUUGGCCAGUUCCGCUGUUUAACGUCACGCGUCUGUUGGUACCAGUUGUUUGCGGUUAAAGAGCACUCUUUGUGACUCAUAACUUGUAGGCUUUGGCGCAGUUAGUGGUGCUGCAAUGUUAAUACUGACCGGCUUUCACAUCCGUAGAUCAUUCUCUUCGUUUCUCUAAAUAUUACAGGGAUUCUACAUUCCACAUAAUUUAUUAGAGCGCUGUAAAAAGCAGUCUGGAUAUUAUUAUAUCGAACUUUUAUUUCUUAUUCAAUCUUUGUAAUUAAAUAUUCUUAUACAGUGCCAACAAAUUAGUAACUUAAUAGUAAAACUCUGACUAGGAUAGAAAACAAAAAAAGACAAAGCAACUUGAUUUAACGUAAUGACAAUGUGUUGCUUCCCUAGUGUAAGGACCAAAAAGUCGAGUACAGAACAGCCCAUAAUGUCAAAACCUAAGAACAGCCAGCCAGCGCUUCACAAAGUUAUUAUGGUAGGAAGUGGGGGAGUUGGAAAAUCAGCCCUGACGCUACAGUUUAUGUAUGAUGAGUUUGUAGAAGAUUAUGAGCCCACUAAAGCUGAUUCUUACCGGAAGAAGGUUAUGUUGGAUGGAGAGGAAGUUCAAAUUGACAUCCUUGACACCGCGGGUCAGGAAGACUAUGCUGCCAUUCGAGACAAUUAUUUUCGUUCUGGAGAAGGCUUUCUUUGUGUGUUCUCCAUAACGGAACAUGAAAGUUUUUCAGCUACAGCAGAGUUCAGGGAGCAGAUCUUGCGUGUGAAAGGUGACGAGAACAUCCCUUUUUUACUUGUUGGGAACAAGGCAGAUUUGGAAGACAAACGACAAGUAGCCAUUGAAGAAGCACAGAGCAAAGCUCAGCAGUGGAAUGUGCCAUAUGUUGAAACUUCAGCUAAAACUAGGGCCAACGUAGACAAGGUUUUCUUUGAUUUGAUGAGGGAAAUUAGUAACAGAAAACUGGCUGAAAGCAAGACAAACAAUGGUUCCAAGAAGCCAGGGCGACGAAAGAAGAAAUGUGUCAUUUUAUAAAACUCUUGCCUUGCCUUCAUUUGUGCUUCAGCUUAAUGCAGGUGUUUACAUUGUGAGGCAGGACUUUUGAGUGUAUAAAUGGAUAUUUAAUUUACAUGAAUUUUACAAGAAAUGUGUGCAUAUGCAAAUCUGUUGUGACAGAUUUUACUUUAACUCCUAGGAUUUGAUUUCAUUGUAACAAAAUUUAUAAUGUUCAUUAACAUUUUCUGUGUACUUAGUAGUCACCUAACAGUGCGUUGUUUUUUGUUUGAUUUGCAUAUAUAAAUGUUUUAUCGAAGAAAGAUUGUAGAAGUAAGAUUGAGGACGUAACUCUAUUUUACAGUGUGUACAACUUUGUUCUUGUUACAGUUUCCCUGUUCUUUAUAAGAAGUCGUUUUAUUCAUUUCGGUUUUUGGAUGUAUUAGUUUACGGGAUUCGGUGUUUUGUUGAAUGUAAGAAAACAAGAAUUACUGUAAUUGUGGCAAAUCUUAACAGUAAUUCUCGAGGAUGAGAAUUUUGGCUGUUAGUCGUUCUUGCAUGUGUUGAAGCAUGUACUCUAAUCAUCUCCAAGCUUAUCUACGAGAAUCGUUGAAAUUAUACCGAAUUUACAAACUUAUGUAGAUAAAUAAUUAAUAUUGAAAAAUAUUUUUAAAAAAUAGUACCUAAAAAUGUUAUUCUUGAUUUAAAAAACAUACGAGACAGUGAUUACUUGGGUACAAGAAUGGAAUUAUUGAAGUUUAUUAGUUUAAUUCUUACACGCUGUUUACUUCCAUGUAGUUACUAUACUUCAAAUUGUUUUUAAUUGAAUCGGCUGAGUAGUUAUAGGUUGCACACUUCGUACUUGUCUACUGUGUAUUGUAUAGUACCAGUGUUUUGUGUUUACAGUCACCUGCAGGAGAUCACAGUUAUAGAAUACAGACAGUAAUAUGUGUUAGCUACAGCGUAUUCUUUAUGCUUUAUGGUGUUUUUCAAAGUGCUGGUGCCUUUGUGGUUGAUAUAACAUUUUUUUUAUCAUAAAUAAUUUGAUUAUACUGUCAUAUUUGAAAUUAUUGACUAACAUUGCGUGUGUGCGUCUUAAACUAUUGUAGUUAUACCUAUGAAUAGAAGUAAAAGAAAUUGUUGGUACUAGUUUUAUCGUAAUAGGUCUGCGGAUUAUUACAAAUUAGUACUGUAUAAUAUUUCAUGUAUACAUCAUAUUUCAUACAUUUUUCCAGCAUAACAUUGUAAACUAUUUAUUUUACAACUUACUUAACUAAAGCUUAUGAGUAUUUUAUUUCUCUGUUUACGUAUGAUUUUGUGCUAAGUGUUAUGUCAAACUUUGUAAGAUGUAAUCUACUUUAAAUUGUACUGCAGUAUGAUUUGUUCAUUCCAACUUAUCUGUAAGACAAAAUUUUCUUUCACAAAUAUUACAAGUUAUAGUUUCGGAGGAGAAAAAAAAACUUAAAUAUUUUGUGAUUUGUUUAAGUAAUACUCCAAGGGACCACAUGAUUUGUGCUUAUUUUCAAAGAAACAAAGUAGUUUUACACACACACCACAUUUUCUAAGGUUCUAAAAUUCAAAUUCCCAGCUCCUUAAUUUGUAUAACUGGUGACUUCAAACAGAAGAAAAGUGAUGUGUAUUUGUUUGAUAACUGAAAAGUCCAUGUGAUUUGAAGCAAAUGUUUUUAGAACUCCUUGUGUUAUGAAGAAUGUGUGUGUGUAUAUUCUAGCUCAGGUUAUAAUAAAAUGACUAAGUUUAAGCUUAA